AUGCUGCUCUACAGGAUUAUGCUGUUCUUUGUUCCCUGUGCUGGGAAAACUGUCUGGCUGCACCUCCAAGCCUGGCCAGACCCCGUGUUCGAGGGAGACGCCCUGACGCAGUGCCAGGGGUGGAGGAACACAGACGUGUCCCAGGUGGAGUUCUACAGAGACAGAAAGGCGCUCGGUGCCCCCAGGGAUGCACAGGUCCUGCCCAUGGGCACGGCAGCCCUGGAGAGCAGCGGCCAGUACAGCUGCAGUGGGAGGAUGGCCCACAUCCCACACCUAGGCACCCAGAGGUCAGAGGUGACCACGGUUCAAGUCCAAGAGCUGUUCCGGCCUCCAGAGCUGCAUGCUGUCCCCUCUCCCGAGACCCGUGAGGGGGCCCCGCUGACCCUGAGAUGCCAGACGGAGAUGCACCCCCAGAAGUCAGCCUCCAGGCUCCUCUUCUCCUUCCUCAAGGACGGCCGCACCUUGCAGGACAGGGACCCCCAGCCAGAGCUCCACCUCCCAAAAGCCCGGGAGGGAGACUCUGGGCUUUACUGGUGCCAGGCCACCCCCGAGGGCAGCAGCAUCCGGAAACAGAGCCCCUGGCUGGAGGUCAGGGUGCUGGCCCCUGUGUCCCAGCCUCUGCUCACCCUGAGCCCCGGGCCCACUGGCCUGGCCGUGGGGGACGUGGUACAGCUCUUCUGUGUGGCCCUCAAGGGCUCCCCUCCCAUCCUGUACUCAUUCUACCUGGACGGGAAGAUGCUGGGGAGCCCCCAGGCUCCGCGUGGUAGGACCGCCUCCUUCUCCUUCACCGCGAUGUCAGCGCGGGACGCCGGGAGCUACUCCUGCCAGGCCCAGAACAACGUCUCCAAAGAGACCAGUGAGCCCAAGAUGCUCUCCCUGGACGGGCCGCCUCCGACCCAGGAUCCGCCCCCAGCCCCAGCCGGAGAGCAGCACGCGGUGUAUGGCAACGUCACUUGGCAGGAUGAGGAUGAAGAAGCUUAUACGUAUCCUUCAGACCUUGCAGUGCUAAGGGAGCCUGAGGCCCGGCCUGCUGAGCCAGCCUCGAGGACCUGGGGCACGUCUGUCAUCUACACCGAGGUGAGAUGCUCCCACUUGCUGACGUUCCAGGCACGAGGCCCAAGACAAGAAGCAGGACCCACGAAGCCCACCCUGGGAACUUCGAGGAAGCCCUGUACUACUGAUGGCACCACCCCAGCACCACCCACCGCGGCCUCCAGCGCUCCCCAGGGGGCCAGCGGGGACCCCAGCCCCUCUGCAAGUCCCCGACCCCUGAGCCCAGCAGCAAGGGAGGAGCCCGGCGUCCUGGUGGGGUCCCCAGGAGGCUCGAGGAACCCCUCGGUGAACCCCGGGAGCAAGAACAGGAACACCAGCCAGGUGUUUCUGAGUGUGACGAAGCACCAGACCCCAUCCCGAAUCAACCCCUACACGUGUCGCUCCCGCCACCCCGACUGUAAUCAGAGGGUCACGUGUCCCAUCUCCUCGCCCCACUGCAGGGCUGUGCCCUUCACCUCGGUGUUCCGGGCCCCUGGCAGGAGGGACCAUCCCAGCAGCUGCCACCCAGGCUUUCCCGCCUCUCCUUUCUCUGCCCACCUGCCCUUCCACCGGCCGGUCACCCUCUGCUCACCCCGGGCCACAACCCGCCUCUGA